AUGGCGAACGACCCCAUGCGAGUGAAGCUGGAGCAGCUUGACGCUCUUUCGGGAGAAGCCGAGAACGACCCGGCGAAGUUCGGGCGGCUUCUGAACACCACUAUGAGGGCGGGGGCUGCUGCUGGCGGAGACACUCAGCAGACGGAGGCCACGAUCGACGCGCAAGAGGAGCAGGACCUGAUGAAAGAACUCGAGUCUCAGCUCUACGGCUGCGAGAUGGACAUCUCCUCCCAGGACGCCCAGCCGACCCAGUACGAUCUGCCACCUGCUGACUUGCAGACAGAAGGUACAAAGGAUGGCUUUGAUGCCACGUUGGAGCAUCUCAUGCGUGAGGUCGGGCUCGAGGAACGCGAGGAUGAUGCGAUCACAAAAUCUCCAAAGCGAGAGCUUGAAAAUGAUUUUGCCAGGGUCGCCAAGGAACUGGAGGAUGAAACCAUGUUGGCCAAGGAACAUGGGGAAGCUGAGAAAGUCAGCAGAAUGGCGAAGGAAAGGGAGGAAACUGAGAAAGCAAGGUUGGCCAAGGAAAAGGAAGAAGCUGAGAAAGUAAGCAAAAUGAUCAAGCAAAUGGAGGAAGCUGAGAAAGCCAGGUUGGCCAAGGAAAGGGAGGAAGCCGAGAAAGCCAUCAGAAUGGCCAAGGAAAUGGAGCAAGCCAAGCUGGCCAAGGAAAGGGAGGAAACUGAGAAAGCCAGGAUGGCCAAGGAAAUGGAGGAAGCCAAACUGGCCAAGGAAAGGGAGGAAGCUGAGAAAGCCAGGAUGGCCAAGGAAAGGGAGGCAGCCGAGAAAACCAUCAGAAUGGCGAAGGAACUGGAGGAAGCCAAGCUGGCCAAGGAAAGGGAGGAAACUGAGAAAGCCAGGAUGGCCAAGGAAAUGGAGGAAGCCAAGCUGGCCAAGGAAAGGGAGGAAACUGAGAAAGCCAGGAUGGCCAAGGAAAUGGAGGAAGCCAAGCUGGCCAAGGAAAGGGAGGAAGCUGAGAAAGCCAGGUUGGCCAAGGAAAUGGAGGAAGCCAAGCUGGCCAAGGAAAGGGAGGAAGCUGAGAAAGCCAGGAUGGCCAAGGAAAGGGAGGAAGCUGAGAAUGCCAGGUUGGCCAAGGAAAGGGAACAGUUCAGGCUGGCAAGAUUGGCCAAGGACAAGGAGGAGGCCGAACAGAUGAGAUCGGCCAAGGACAAGAGCGACCGUGAGACAGUCAGGCUGGCCAAGGAAAAGGAAGACGCUGAUAAAGCCAAGGUGGAGGCCGUGCGACUUGUAAGAACCAAAGUCGACAUGGCAACACAGGCGGCAAAAAAAUACCAGGCUUUGCCAAUGAACGCGACAAAGUUGCAAAAGCUACAGCUCUUGCAGGACAUUAUGGCUACGGCUACUGGGGAUGAGGGUUGCAAGCAGUUCUGCAAGGAUGAGCUUGCAAAACUGAUCAAGCCGAAGGCAGCAACGCCAGCUCCGGCCCCUACCAGUGAUGCCGAUCCUCCGGCCCCUACCACAACGGGCGCCGAUCCUCCGGCCCCUACCACCAGGGGUGCCGAUCCUCCGGCCGCUACCACCAGGGGUGCCGAUCCUCCGGCCCCUACCACCAGGGGUGCCGUUCCUCCGGCCCCUAAUGCCCCGACCUUUGAUGAUGUCAGUGCGAAGAUGGGUUGGUCAAGUCCUGCAACCCCACGCAUGGUGGAGGCACCUGGUACGCCAUCUCCUGCAACGCCUGGCAGUGCAAUCACAACGCCUGGCAGUGCAAAAACAACGCCUGGCAGUGCAAGCGACGCCUUGGCCCAAGGUUCGGCGCCACUCUACAGCCGAAAGAGCGCCGCCAUGUUCUUGAAUCGCCUGAAAGGCAACCCAAAGAGGAUGCAAGCCUUGCCUGAUGACUUGGCAAAGUUGGUGCGGGACGAAGAUUCAAAGAGCAAAGCCAUCGACUUGAUCGUCGCUGCAGGAGGAGACGAAAAUGAGCUGGUCGGGCAGUGGACUGCAUCGUCCAUUUCUGUGGCGGCGGACAAGGAAAAGGGAAAGAUGAAACCUUUGACGGAACAGGAAUUGAUCGGCAAGUACGGAGCAGUCAAUGCUGCGAAGGUGAUGGAGGAAAAAAGGAAGGCUGGUUUGGAGGUUGAUGAUCCCAAUUGUAAAGGGCUCAAGCUUUACUUGCACAACGAGUGGCAGAGGGAAUGGACGAGGGGCACAGAAGAACGAAGCAGUUUCACUGCUUCCGGAGAAGUUCGUGCGGGUGACGCUGCCAACGUUGCACAAAUUCUCAGUGUGCCCCGGCGGGCGCUCACAGGGCCCGGCCAGGAUGAUGAUGAGACUAUGGACACGGAGGAGGACCCAAAGCCACUUCCGAACAAAAAAACAAGGAAAUCCAGGAAAAAUGAAGCCAGCGGCAAAGGGAACGACGAAGACGAUCAACCUGAGCCGGAAGCACCACGAGUGGAGAAACUUACACCGCUGGACAAGGCGGCAGACUUAAGGGGGCGGGCCCUCUCGAAGGCCAACCACGCUGGCUCGAUGCGGAAGCAGUUGAAAGGAGUCAGCUAUGCGACUGAAUGCCUCAAGGAGAUGACCAACUUCGAGCAGGAGUUCCAGGCGAUCUACGACCAGGUGGACAAGCUCAUCUCUGAGCUGGUCCACGAUGAUGGGGUCUAUCUUCCCAUUGCUACCAGAUAUCUCGAUAUCGCGAAGCGUUAUGAGAGGCCCAGCAAGGUAGCAAACAGCUUGAUCCGAGCUGCGAAGGCGACUCCGAAGGAUCCAACGACCGCAGAUGACUUUGACUCCGCUGGUGCAGCUUUACUGGCCCAGCGCAUGGGUGCUGGAGCGAUACCUGUGGCCGAAACAAGCAGAAUAGCAUCUGCCUUCCGGCGAGAUGGGGCAUCUGGACUUGCCCUUUCACAAAUGGCAAGCAGCGAACGGGAGAGGGAUUUCUUCCGCUGGGUGAAGUUACCCAUCCAGCCCCUGCUGGUGGAUUUGCCUGUGUGGAGCAACACCAAAGAACGCAAGGACAAACAACUGAUAUUUGAGAAAACAGCUUUCUGUCUUCCCAGUGAUGUUCUCUGCGAGCUUUGCAAAAGAUCACUGGUGGAAACCUGUCUUAUUGGACAUUCGCACCUCGGCCCGUCAGUAGAUGAAUGGUGGAAGCAAGAACGGGACCAGGUUUACAUACGGGAGAUCUCCCGGAACAAUCCCAACUACCAGGACAUGCUUCCAUUACGCUUUCAUGAGGAUGGUGUACCAACAACUAAGAGCGAAACAUGCAACUUCUGGUCUUGGACCACGCCUUUGGCUAGCCGCGGAAGCGAGAUCUCUCGCUUCUGUCCCUCGGAAAUUUUCGAUUAG